GGCUGUCUGCUCUGUUCUAAUAACUUAAAACCUUCGCGCGGCGAUCGCUUCCGUCGUAAAAUUGCAGCGUCGGCGGUUUCUUGGGAAACACUCCCCCCGCGCGUUUUUCUCAAGGCCACCAGUCGAAUUUUCUCAGAAUCGUGUUAUACCGUUUGUAGGCCAGCUGCCGUGACUGGUUGCCGUAAUAAGAUCAACGUCGCGUGGCUAGUGUGUGCGCGGGCGGCUAAGAAAGAGGGGAUCAAAAUCCGGGGGGCGACGAUACGAACUGUGCCAAAAGUGAUUGAUUAACAUUACUUGAAAUUGUAGUUGAAACAUUGAUUAUAAUACUGUUUGUUUAUACAACACAUUAGGAGGGUCAAAUAAGAGCAAUUAUUUGGAACGUGAAGACUGGAGACUUUAAAUUUAGGAGGACUCAAGUGGAAAAUCCCAACAUAACCGACCUUGAUAUUAUUCAAAAACUUCACUCAUUUCCAAACAAGAUUCUUGUGGUUUGAAGUGAGAUUUUCCAUUCAAAUUUAGAUCAAGGUACCUUAUAGAAGAAAUUCUACAAUACUGAAGUCCCAUCAACAAUCCAAUCCAAUCUACAUAAAUGAUCUGAAGUAUAAGUUUGUUGAUUAUGGUGAAUGGAAUUGAACCAGUUUAAUAUCGCAGUUUAGAAGACACAAAAGUGAAGAUUUGAUCAUGGAGAGAACUACGAUUUUUGGAGACAGAUGAUGGUGGUUGAAUAUAUCGAUAUAAAACAUAUAUUAAAUGUUAAAUAUAUUGCAAGAAAAGAGAGUAGUUGUCAGAGUACUGACAGUUCUGUACGUUCCUAGUUAGACUUAUAACAGAGUAGAAAAAGUUUUGUUGAACUACUGUGAUCAUCAUCAAGUUUGGAUAAGGAAUAUAAUCAUUCGAGAAGCUACAAAGUUACCUAAUUCAUUACUGGAACACCAUAUUAAUUCAGUCCAAGAGUGUUUGUUUGGAGCGUCAUACCAUAAACAACCUGUGGGAAACCUACGAAUUAUUGAUGAGGACAUCAAUAUCUGUGACGCUUUGCAUUAUAACCAAGCAUCAAUAAUUUACAAGUUCGUGCUAUGAAUGAAGUUAGAAUUGAAGCAGCUGGAGAGUGAUAACAAGUCGAAGGAGAGGAGUCGUUGAAAUUGGAGAGAAAACGUGAAAUCCAAACACCAGAAAUCAACGAGUUAUCUUAUUUUUACUCUGAGUGAUCUCUCCAUACUUGAAAGUCAUUCAAGAUUAGUGUUAUUCCAGAACAGGUAUCCUCACUAUAUAGAUCAGCUUAUCAGUGAACUCAGUCGACUCAUUUCUAGUUCAUCAAGUCCAUUUUCUAGUUUUACCAAGAUCUAAUUUAAAAUCGUUUCGCACUGUGUACUUUACUCAAGACUUGUCACUUGUCCAAGGUACAAACCAACUAUCGAAUCAAAGAUCUCCAAUUUUAUUUUUUCACAUCAUCAGGCAAACGGACUUUUCUGGAGGUCCUGACUAGCUGAUCAGUGAACUCUUUCUUCCCUUUAGUGCUCGACAGUGAUCUCCAGUUCUCGUCAAACACGAACCCUUCAAAUACUUGGACUUUUUUAGUGUUUUGGAGUAGUUGAACAGAUUUUUACCCACUGAUGUUUCCAGCUUCACUUUGUUCACAAAGAAUCUUUCAAGUGUUUCACCGGCUCUAAUCAAUGAUCUUCAGAUUCAAUUACUAUUUUUUAGUGUUUUCAAGUUCUCGAACAGAUAUUCCAAUUCACUGAUCUUUACAGCUUCAAUUCGGUUUUAAAAGGUAUUUCCCCAGUUAUAUCCAGUACUCUUCCUAGCUUCACCGUCAUAUGAAUGUCAAAAAGUACUUCCUAGUUUAAGCAACUCUUUACAGUGCUGUACAGUGAUCUCCAGUUCUCCUUAUAACAGAUACACAGACUCUUCUUAGAAUAUCUGACCAGCUAAUCAGUGUGCUAUUACUGAUCAUAGUUGUAAUCUGCUUGUCGGGUUUCACCCCAUUGUUUUCAAGUUUUACCCAAGCUUUAAAGUGUUGACACUUCACUAAGGCUCUAAAAUGGACUACACUUAUCUAAAUCAGGCGGCGGCCACUUUCGACGCAUCCAGCUGCUCCCUAGGCGCAUCCGGCAUGGACGCCUCGGGUCUGGGUGUACCCUGUUCGUACGGCGACCUUACCUCCUGUUCGCAGAUGUCCUACCGCUACACGGCGGCCGCGGCUAGCAUGGCGCGCACCUACAACCCGGGCGCAUCCGCCAUGGGACACCACCAUCACCUCACAGGUGCGCCCAACCAGUGCUCCGUCAUGGGUCGACCGCAUCACCAGGACCAUCGUGCGCCCAUGUUCCCCGCCGCUAUCAACUUGCAAGGUGGCCUCCCGUACAAAGUGUACCCAGGACACGACGGUGUCCUGACAGAGAAGCGAAAACAGCGCAGGAUAAGGACGACCUUCACUUCGGCCCAACUCAAGGAACUAGAACGCGCGUUUCAGGAGACGCACUACCCUGACAUCUACACGCGCGAGGAAAUCGCCAUGAAAAUCGACCUCACAGAAGCCAGGGUUCAGGUGUGGUUCCAAAACCGGCGCGCCAAAUUCCGCAAACAAGAACGGCUGGCUCAGCAGAAAGCGACUGGAGGCGGUGGAGGCGGCGUAGUCUCCCAGUCCGCCCCAGGCGCGGAGGCGGCAAAUAUCAAGAGUGAAGCCAAACAGCCGCCCACUGGCAACAAGGAGAUGAAAGGACCUGCCACCCCCCUCUCACUCUCACCAUCCCCAAACAACAACUCCAGUCAGGACGUCAAGCCUGUCAACGGAACAGUGAAACUGUCGGAGGUGGACACAUCGAACCCAGGCAACAAAUGGCCGCUCACUGUGACGUCACAGGCACAACAACAGCAACAGCAGUCGAACUGCAACAACAACAACAACAACACCUCACCACAACUGCUGGUGCACAAAGCACUGUCGCAUCACCACCACCAUCACCACCAAAACCAGCAGCCACAGCUGAACCACCACCAACAACACCAACUCAACCACCACCACGCGCUUGGCUCACCAUUCACGUCGCUGCUCGGCACCAACCCCGCCUCCUAUCUGCUCUCAUCAGCUGAUCCACUCAAAUCCUCACUGGCUGCCAAUCAUCUCUUCUAGGUUAGGUUACGUUGAUUCCAAGUUAGGCUAUGUUCAUAGAAGUUAGGAUUCUCUUCCACUGUGGAGUCUUGAAAUACCACUGAUUUGUAAAUAAUGUAUCUGGUCUCUUUUAGGUUAGAGUGAUUCCAGGUUUUUGAAAUCAGAAUUCUCUUAAAAGUCAACUGUGGAGUCUUGAAAUGACCCUGAUUUGUUAAUAAUGUAGCCUAUUCGGUUGCCAAUCAUCUUUUCUAGGUUAGAUUGAUUCCAGGUUAGGUGAGGUUGAAUAAAGAUGAGAUUUUCUUUAAAUCAACUAUGGAGUCUUGAAAUGCCACUGAUUUGUAAAUAAUGUAUCUGGUUGCCAAUCAUCUCGGUUAAGAUUAUUCCAGCAUAGGUUAGGUUGAAUGAGGUAAGGACUCUCAAAGACAGAGAAUUCUUUGAAAGUUUAAAGUGGAAAUAAUGGAGUUUUUGGGAUACCACUGAUUUAUGAACAUUGUGUCUGGUUGCCAGCCAUGUUUCAGGUUAUAUUGGUUUCAGGGUAGAAAUUUUAUUGAUAUCAUCUCAGAGACUCAACUUUUCAUAUUCGACAUUGAUGUAUUUUGAAUAGGUAACACUGAUUUGUAAAUAGGGUAAUGUAGUUAUAUGGUUGUCAAUCUUUUGUUUUUUUGGUUGGGUAAGGUUAUGAUUCCAUGCUAGGUCAGGUUUGGAGUUGAUUGGAGUUGAGAUUAUUUUCAGAUACAAUGCCUUACUCUUCAAAGUCAACAAUGUAGUCUUGAAAUAUCACCGACUUGUAAAUAUUGUAUCUUGUUGCUGAGGUUAGGUUGAUUCUGCGCUAGGAUUUGAUUGAGGUUAGGAUUCAGAGACUAGACUCUUCAACCCUGACAUUGGAGUUGUUAAAAUAAGAUUCGAUUAUGAAUGUAAAUUAUAUUACUGGAGUACCGUAGAUGUGCUGGUUGCCAAUAGUCAGUUUGUUUUUGGUUGAGUUAGGCUGAUUGCAUGUUAGGUUAGAUUGAAUCAGGUCGGGUGAGGAGUCUAUUUGAACUUUCAAGAUUGAGGGCCAUAUGCACCAUCCAUGUACCUAUCUACAAUAUUGAUCAAAAUGAAGGCAUGGCCAUGUUUAUUAUAAUGUGUUUCAUUGAGAGCUUGAACCAACAGAUGGGCCUAUCAUUCAAACCAAAAUUAAGCAUAUGGGUUUAAGAUAGAAUCAUCCAAAUAUGGAGUUGAAAAACUCUUUGACUAUGUUUUUAAGAAUCCACUGAGAACAUCUUUGGGCAUCAAUCAUUUGUUUAUGUAGUCCUACGCUUAGACCGAUUAGGUGAGAAGUCUAUCUGAGAAACUAUGCACUUUCAAAGCCAAAAAUAAAGUCUUCAUAGUAAUAUAAUUAUUAUAGUAAUUUAUGAUUUCUUAAAAUACUUUUUGGUUGAGAAUCAUUUGUUUUUGAGUUUUGGUUAGAUAGAUGACAGCUUGAGUCGCAGUUAGUUUAUUUGGAUGAUGAGAAUUCCCAAUAUAGGAUAUAGCUUUAUUAUUGUCAAAUUAUGUUUAUUUAGGUUUUUACAUAAAUUGUCCGAGUUGAUAAAAUGGAAUUGUGAUGAUUUUGAUAAAAUAGAACAAUUGAAAUGAAACUCAACAAACCUCCUAUAUCCAAACUCCCCUUAUCAGAGCAUUUAAGAGUAAAAUCUUUGUCUGGUCAAUCAUUCCUAAUUUACAGAAAUAUUUUACGAGCGGUUGUAGAAAAAUGUAUUUAUAGUCUCUGUAUAUGUGUAACUGGUAAGCUCUCAUCAUCUAAUGAAGAAAAAUAGAAUUAAAAUAAUUGUAGAUCUGAAAGCUUGCGACAUCUAUUAGAGAAGAAUUUAAACAUGGUCCCAUCAUUUGAGCAUAAUUUUAAUACAACAAAAUCUAUUAUUUUCUUCAAAGUUUGAGGAAUUUCUUGACAUUGAAUUAUUAUUAAGUAUUCAUGGAAAUACAUUUAUAAUACAUAAUAAUAUCCUCCAUAUUCAUCUAUUUUGAAAGAGUUAUUUCUCUUUUAACAAUACCAUAGAUUCCUUGAAACAAUCAUCCAGGAUAAUUUCUCACCCUCUUGUUGAAAGAUUUUAAAAAAUCAUAAAAUAUUCACAAGAUGUUUUUACAAAAUAUAGGUACCCUAUUUCAACCUUGAAGCAUUGGUACCAUUAUAGGAUAAUGGUGUUUGUAUUUAUAGAGAAUGUAUUGAAAUUGUAAAUUAGUGUACCGGUAGACUACCUGCUACAGUGAAGAGUCACAAAUUUGAAUAAAACAAGUUCAUGAAUCAACUAAUUCAGUAUUUGCAUAUCUGUUAAUUAAUAACUAACUAAAGCGAUCACCAUUAUUUAAAAUAUUUAUAGCCGUCUAGUACAGUAACUAAGCAUACUUUGUACUAGUCAUAAAAAUCUGUUCAUAAGAUAUAAAUGUAAUCUGUUUUUAACUGAAUGAAUUAAAAAUCAUUCUGAAAUGGAUUUGUGCAUAGGAAUGGAUAGAGUGAGUCUUGUAAAAUAAUACUAAAUAUUUUUCUGUAAAUAUAAUGAUAGAUAUUUCUUUAUAAUAUGAUCAAAUAUCGCUAUGUCUAUAAUUGUAUACUAAUAGGACGUCACAAUAUUUUAAGACUUCGUCACAGUUUUCAAAAAUAGAUAAUAGUACAUAAUAUUGUAUAGUAAAAAUAGUUGUAUCGUACAUUAUUAUUCUAUUUAUUUGAAAAUGUUUUGGAGUUAGAACUGCAGUGUAUUUGGAAUAAUUGUUAGCUAAUGUAAUUGUUUUCAUAUUAGAAUGAUGUGAUUUUGGACUUUAUAUCAAUAAAAAAUUAUUUAUAAAAUUAGAGCAAAUCGAAUUUAAUACAAAAAUAAUUUUAGAAGAUUCCUACGGCAAUGAACAUUCCUCUUGAAUUACAGUAUCUGAAUUACUGUAUUUUUUAUGAUCAAUUUCUUUUUAAGACUACGGUACCAAGAUUGUGAGUAGGUAUUUGUUUUGCUGGGUUAUUAUAUUGUCCUAUUGUUUGAAUAAAUCGAUCAUUUUGG